GCAGAGAGAGAACAGUGACAAGGGAGAAGAUGAUCUCCAGGUUCCUGCUGCUCAUGGCGCUGAGCUGCUGUGUCUGUGGAACAUUAGUAGUGAACGUGGCUCACACCUCCUAUCAGGCAGAGGAGGACCAGGACGUCACACUGGAGUGGACCUUCACACCCAAACCUGACAGCUCAACACAACGUCUCUAUCUCCACUGUGACAUGUUCAACGAUCAGAAAGACCCAACCCUGUUUCAUCUCCAUGAUGGAGUCGAGGUCUCAGAGUCUCAGGAUGAAGAGUUUUCAGGACGAGUCCAGUUUGACAAAGACGUCCUCAGAGAGGGACGAAUCAGACUUCAUGUGUCCUCACUCAGGACUGAAGACUCAGGCCGGUACACGUGUGAAGUGCUCACUAACUCUGGUUCCAGCUUGGCCCGAUGUUAUCUCAAUGUGACUGCAGCUGUUCAUGAGACUGAAGAUCAGAGACCAACAGAGAGACCAAAACCAGGAGAUCAGAGACCAACAGAGAGACCAGAACCAGGAGAUCAGAGUCAGAUAAAGAUCGGUCUCUACAUUGGACUGCCAGUUUCAGCAGUAUUAUUACUGACUCUCUAUGUCAUCAUUCUGCGUGUCCUUAAAUCUGCUUGUUACAACAGAAAGAAGUCUGCAGUCUUGUAUUAUCUGAGUUUCCCAAAGGAACCAGAUCAGGAUGUAAAAACAUCAGAGUCUCAGCUGAAGCUUUCAUUGUUCCAGAUGUUGAAGGUUUGAGGUCCAACAUGGAACAGGGACCGCUGUGUCUCAGAGGUGGAGCGGGUCAUCCUCUACCUGGUCUGGUGGUCUGAUCCCCAGCUCCUACAGUCCAUGUUUUCUAAAGCAGCCCCUCAGAGAAUCGUUGUCUACGUGAUCUCAUCAGUGGACGUUUUCAGAGACGUUACUUCAGCAUCAAACUUCUCCUCCAUCUCCUGCGGCUGUUUUGGAACAAUAAGAAGGGACUACAUCAGCACCUCUCCUCUCCUCCUGAUGGGAACUUGGUGCUGCAUUCACUUGGGCUUGUUAAUCAGACUUUUGCUUUUUAAAAUUUUCAACCAGACACAAAUGUUGUGUUGUAGAGCACGUUGUACCCUGGUAGAUCUGCAGAUCUAAUCAGGUCCAGAGUUUAGUGAGUGUGUUGGUCAAAGACUCAGCUUCUCAUCAGGUGUCAUUCAAACUCAGUUAAAAUGAUCUGCUGUCCAAAUGUACUGUUUGUAAAGUCUUCAUGCUGUAAAUAAAGUUUCAUUUAUUCAGA